UCCUCGGACGCUACUUUAUGAUCUCGUUGCAGGGAAGGAGGGGGGGGACCGAGGCGGUAUGCCCCGCUUUGCGUUUUUCCUGCUGGUGCAGCACCCAGGCUCUGUUGCUGCUGCGGCGGCGGAUCAGCCAGCUGUUGGCAGGCGCGAGGAUAUGUUCACCGUUUCUCCAAGGGUCUGGAUUGGCUUUGCCUGUCCCGAGAGCGGCUCGGAUGCACCCCGGCAGGGAGCUCCUUGCGCCGAGUGCCUCCUGGCCUGGGUUCUCUCCUGCCGGAGUUUCCUCAUGCCUGUUUGGCUCGGCUGUCCUUCUGGGAAUCACAUCUUUUUUUUUCCGCUUUCUCACUCCUCCCGGGCGGUAUUGCGUUGGUGCUGGUGCUGGUGCUGGUGCUGGCGCCGGGCGAGACGCUGCACCAUCCACCUCCACUGCCGUUGGUCGCUGAGUUGCCUCUCGCUCUUGCCCUCCAGUGCCGUCUGUUCUAUGCACUCCGACCACCAGCGACCGAGCCUGGGGUUACUCGGCUCGCUUGCUCGGCUUUGUCGGGCUCGCCAGCUCGUCUUGCUCGGCGCGGUACUCACGGAUCUCCCUCUCGUCCCUCUCGCCGCCUUCCGCCGGGCUUCUGCACAAUUUGCCGCGGCCGCUCGGAUCUGCAACGUCGUAUACGGAAGAUUUAAUAAUCGUUUCAUUACUCCGAGUCUCUCGAAAUUAAAUCAAUAAGAUCCGCCGCCGCCAUGUCAAGCCCUCUGUCGUCUGUGGCCCUUCCCUCGUCGCCCUCGGCUCGCCCUGUUGCUGCCGAGCUCACCGCAUCUCCGGCCGCACCAGCGGCGGCUCCGGCCUCUCUGCCAACAUCAUCAGCAGCUACACCGUCGUCACCACUGCUACCACCGCCAGCUCCCGUGGCAGUAUCGCUCGAUAAUCCCGCCUUUACUGCAUCGUCCGUGUCGUCUGCAUCCAGCCCCAUGCCUCCGACCGAUCGGUCAACCGGCAUAUCGCCACAGCACCUCGCCCCACCAUCAGCGACCUCCUCGCAGUCCAGGGCC